GGGAGGGAGGGGAUGCUACGGCGCUGGGGAGGGCGGCGGCAGGGAGGCAUGCCCCGCCGCCGCUGAGAGGAGCGCUUCCUCCUUCCCGGCCCCGCGGAACGGGGGAGCUGGGCCCGCCUCUUGCGGGCCGAGCUGGGUAACGGAGCCGCCGCCGGGCUCUGAAGCGCCGGGCUCUGAGGCUGCCGGCGGAGAAAGGAAAGGCUUGAAAAGGAAGGCGGGACGUCCUCGCGUUUCAUGUUCCGUCAGCCCGACAGCAUUUCGGCUUUGAUUCCGACUUGCUCCUACCUGCACCCGGGCAGUGACGGGGAGGAGAGCGGGCGCCGGCCCACCAUGUCCCGGUACAGCCUGCACAACCUCCUGGACUGGAUGUACGGGGGCGUGGACCCCAGCUUUGCUGGCAACGGAGGGCCGGAGUGCGCGGCCUUUCUCUCAGGGCAGCAGCGCUUUCUGGAGAGCCUCGUCUUCCUCAGCGUGGGUGUCGCGGAGAUCCUGCUGUCCCUGUGGAAGCUCAGGCAGCUGCACUGCAAGGAGCUGGAGGCUCAGCUGCUGCAGCAGCCCCUGGCAAAACAGGAGAGCUUGGGCAAGAAUCUGCUGCUGGUGGCCCUCUGUCUCAUCUUCGGGCUGGAGGUGGGCUUCAAGUUUGCCACCAGGACCGUCAUUUACCUGCUGAAUCCCUGCCAUGUGGUCACCGUGAUGCAGAUUUUUCUUCUUGCCUGCCCUCCAUGUCGGGUUGCAAUGAUUCUCUUCAGGUUGCAGAUGCAUAUGCUGAAUGGGGCCCUCUUGGCAUUACUGUUUCCUGUUGUUAAUACACGCCUGCUUCCAUUUGAAAUGGAAAUUUAUUACAUCCAGCAUGUGAUGCUCUAUGUUGUGCCCAUCUAUCUGCUGCGGAAAGGAGGUAUCUACACUCCAGAACCACUCUCCAAUUUCUGGUGGGCUCUUUUAUCUACUGGGUUUAUGUUUGUAUAUCAUUUUAGCAUCUUGCAGAUUCUGGGUUUGGUUACAGAAGUGAAUUUGAACAACAUGUUAUGCCCAGCCAUCUCAGAUCCUUUUUAUGGGCGCUGGUAUCGAAUCUGGGCAUCUGGACAUCAGACAAUCAUGACUAUGACUCAUGGGAAGCUUGUAAUCCUACUGUUUUACAGUGCUGUCCCCAUCUUUAAAUGUAGCGUGGACUUGCUUAGACUCCCAGCUAAGAAAAUAGACUGAAAUUUCUCCCCACGGAGUAGUACAUACAGGAAGCAGAGACACCUAUAUUCAUACUGGAAAACAAAGAGGAAGGAUGAAAAGACAGUGUGUUUAUAUUUCUCCCCACAGUUUAUUGCCUCAGAAACACCUCUGUUAUCAAUUGAGGGUUCUUCUUUUAACUGCUGUUUCUCACUGCCUAUUGCCAAUGGCAAAAUUAGUGGCCUUAUUCUGGAAAAGGUUCGUGUUUUAUAUAUUUUGUGUAGAUUACAGUAGAAUCAUCUUGCUAAUCCACCCUUUAAAAUUAGGCCAGGAUCUGUCCACAUUCCAGCAAAGAGAGUGGCGGUGCUACCUCAUUUUGACGACUUUUCCACUAAACAUUAGUACAGUUAUAAUCACAGAAUAGGAAGGAAAGCUAAAUUACAACUCUCCACUGAUGUGAACAGAACACAGCUUGAAGUGCAUCAUCCUGGCUUAACUCUUAGCGCUUAAAUGUUGCAAAAUGGUCACAGUGGAAUGAUGUACACGUGAUCUCCCAAUCAUAGGUACAAAACAGUGAGGUUCUACUGUAUUUUCGUUAAGCUGGUUGAAAAUAUUGGGGAACAAUAACUCUUUCAAAAAUCAUGAUUUUUUUUAGCCGACUACUUUGUUUCUUAAGCUGCUGAGGGUAAGUAUCUGUCUGCUGAGGUCCCAUCAGAUCUUGAUGCUUUGGAGAUGCUUUUUGAAUAAGUGGAAGAACACAUUGAAAUAAUUUCAAAAGCCCAUGUUACACGUAAGCUACAAUAGAUAUUUCAUCCACUGUUCUGACCUGCCUUUAAACAAAAUGUUUUUUUGGCACUUAAUUUAGACUGGAGAGAGUGGGAAUACAGAGUCCAAUGUAAACAGAGUUUUCUUUUUUUUUUACUUGCAGUAUCUUGAAACAUUCCUCCUCUGUGUUCUACCCUGAUUCUUAAUAGAGUGGUUAAUGAGGAAACAAAAUGAAACUAUUUUCUUUCUCUGUGACUCUAAUAUGUUCUGUACACUUUUUAAAAUAUAGGUACAAAAAGGAAUGUCAAGUUAGCACAGGACUGAAAAAGCUGUGUUCCAGUUUACUAGUAUGACUAAAUUUUCUUGUCAACCUGUGUUUUGGAGUAGAACAGGAUGUAGUUAGACAGAAUUAUAAAUAGUAAACUGGCUAAGGGGAGAAACUGUUGGGCAGGAAGCUGGGAGGGCUUUACUGUGUUCCUCCAGAUAGCUAAUUGCAAGCCUAUUGUUGUGCAGCAUGUGCAGCAUUUCAGGGCUGCAGGGAUUUUGUUGUACAAAAGUUUGUUGCCAUUUAUAGAUUAUUUGCAUUGCGUUGUUGUAGCUGUGACUUGUAAGAUAAAAACAAAACCAUCGUACCUCCUCUGGAUGGAUCACCCAAAUACAUACUCUGAUGUGAAGGUACAGUCAUUUAUACCUCAAGAAGAAAAGUAAGAAUGAUAAGUGGUUGACUUUUUUUUUCUUUUUUUUUCUUGUAAGAUAAGUUUUCAUUGGAGAGGGAACAAAUGGCUUCUCCAAAUAUUUUUCACCCCACAUGGUUUUAUUUAAAAAAAAAAAUAAAAAAUAGUAGAUCUCAAUUAGAAGUACUUUGUUCUACAUUUGAAUUUAUGAACUUGCUUCUGGCUUUCUUCCAUGCCUAUAAACUAAAUACCCUGUACUAUCACAACUUGAGAACAUGAGAGCAAUCUAAACUAUCUGUCAAGCAUGGAUAGCUAGUCCCAGUUAUAGACUACACUACUCCUUGUGCUUUUACUCAGUGUGCAGGUUGAGAAGACUAAGCACCUGAUACUAAGAAGUACCAGCUCACAGAGUUCACUGGCAAUUGUUGAUCCUGCAAAUGUCUAAGUAGGUACUGAACUUCGCUGAGUAUCCCACUACUGCCUCAGUAGAGCUGGGCAUAUGUUGCCUAAGUAGUUGUGGAGUGGUGCCUAAAGAAAAAAAAUGCAUUGGUACUGAAGGCUUGAACCCAUCCGUGGAAGACCACUUAAUUAGCUGCUGAAGUACUUCAAGAGAGUCAGUAUUGCAUCUGCAGUUGAUGAAAUACAGGAUGUUGCUGGGAGAUGCUAAGAUGGGCACUGCUGGAUGUUAAAGCAUGCUCUCUAUUAAUAUACUUCAUCUCCUAUGAACAGCUAAAUGUAGUGUUUCUGCCCUCCCCACAGUUACUGUCAACUGUAUCUUGGUUUGUAUUACUAAUUUGGCAAAAUGCCUUGGGUUGGAUCUAGUCUGCUUUAGAAAGAAUGUUUGGUGUAACAGUAGGAUGAUUUUGCCAAAUUUUGCAAACACUAGCAUUAUAAUUUACUUAAUUUUAAUCACUAUUUUUGAAGAAUCUUUCCUGUUUAUUUUUUUCUUCAGAAUAUAAUAUUCAAGCUACUGGAAAAAAAAAAUGUUACCUGAGAGUAACACCUUCCCCCCUGCCCCCCCCCCCCCCCAAAAAAAAAAAAAAAAAGCCAGCAUUUCCUAUCUUCUGCAGUCAUAUGCUUCAGGACAUUCAUUCUAACCAGGUAUAAAACAGCUCCUCUUUCUCACCAGUGACUGCCUCAAUUAAGACUACAGAAGCAUUUACAUAAGCUCAGGUGUCUCAGUGCAGGCUCUUUUCUUGGAAUGCAAAGCCCUUCUGACUGACUUAAAAUUGAAGAGCGGGAAUGGUGACUUCCAAAUACAGCCACCACUAUGGGAAAGUCCCUAGGACAAUUUGGCUUCUGUCUUGUGCUGGGACUCCCAGUCUUUGUUACACUGGUCCUGUUGUUUUGAGCCACACUAGCCAUUCUGGGCACAACUUCACAACAGCUGACAGAACAGUUCAUCACAGCCAAAGGAAAACUCGUAUUCCCUUUCCACACCUCACCUGUGCAGGCUUUGGUGUCUGAACUGUUGUUUUUGCUAAAAUGGCUAACUGAAUGUAGUAAUUCAGCAAAGAAGUAGAGAGCAAAACUACUACACUCAGUAAGGCUGUUCUGAGUGUCAGAAGAGUGGUGCCAUGGGGAUCACGAGGGAGGGCAGCAGUAAGAACCUCUUUGUGAUGGUAAGCUGUGUUGACUUCUUUGCUUGAUGUCUUCUAUUGAUGAAGUUGGCCAAGUUAUUGGUCCCCCUGCCCCUUUCUGAAGGUUAUUUUUAAAUGUGGUAUUUCAGUUUGGUUUAUAGGAUGGUUCCCCAGCAAGCUAUGUCAGCACAGCUGAGCCGUGAGCUUCAUGUAUGGGGAAGAACAGGGCAGAAAAGGAAUGAACUUCACAUCCCUUACUCCCCAGCUGUCUCGGGUAGCUGUUUGGAAGAUGCAUCUUACAGAGCUUGUUCAACAUGUAGGAUAUUAGUUUGAACAGGAAAGCAGAAUACUUAACCUCCAUGUAGGAAUAUCUGUUUUCUUUCCUGGCAGAUUUUCUUUUCCUUUAGCGGUUUAUUUUAUGGGCAGUUAUACUGUACAGCUGAUUUCUUUGGUUGCUUUUAUGCUGGAAAUUAAAGAGUAUAACUAUGAGGUUUUACACUGGAGCAGUGCAAUGUGUGAUUGAAAGGGUAGUCCUGGCCCUCCCUAGUCAGAUGUUCCUGAAUCUUUUAUCUCAGUGCUCACAGUUACAAAGAUAUUAGGGGCACAUAUGGUGCACAGCCAGAGGCUGGCCAUAUAGCCCGACAGACUGUUCCUUUCAGUAGGGGCCUGUAUUUUAGAAGUGCUUAAGCUUGGUUAUAAAAACUCACCCUAAAAUGGCUUGAUUCGCUGUCCAUGAGCGAGUCAUGUACAAUACCAGAAAAAAAUCUUGUGUGGUGCUUCCAUCUAGAUUUCAUCUAAGUUAUGUGUUCAGCUGUCUGAACAGAGCCUUCUAUUCCAAUUUUUAGUACAUAGACACUCCAAACAAAAGAAACGAGGAGCAAUGAGAAUAGACUGUCACUCACUGGCAGAAAGGAUAGUCAAACUUACUUCCAGGUAUAGACAUCAAUGAAGCACUAGUAACUACAGUAAAAUUGUUUAUGGAUCAGAUUGUUUAUGCAGCACUCCAAAGCACAAAAACAAGCAACUACAAAUUCUGCAUCCACCAUAACUUCAGGUGAUAGCCUGUGAAUACUGAGAUUACUGUGUCAAUGAUUGUGCCAAGGCUUUAGCUGUCCAGGACAUAUGCAGCAUCUUUUUCUUUUUUUUUUUUUUUUUUUUUUUAAGUAUUCAGACACUGUAGGCAGUAUUUGAGCUGUAUCUGUUUUGUUUAACUUCCUUCUCUUUAAGCACCAAAGAAGAAUUUGCAUCUUGUUUCUUUUUGAAGGGUGAAAACUACCAGCUCUUGAUCAUACUUAAAAAUUAAUUAAAACCCCUGUCUGUGACCACAACACCCAUACUUGGGGUUUGGUUCAGCUUCUUGUGGACUUUAAUUACAAGCAGCAUUUCUCAAGCCCUUUGUGCUUAAAGCAUAGCUACAUUGCUGAAGCUGGGAGAUAUAAAAUGUCAGUUCAUUUUUGCAUACCUUUAUUUUAUACAGUACCUCAUUGUAGAUCUAUCCCUCUGUCUCUGGCCAGAAUCAGGGUUUUGAUAUUUCUGUAUAUUUGAUAAUAAUUUGUAAAGCCUAACUGUAUUUUCCUUUCAGAAAUGGCUACUUGCAACUGUUCAAGUACUGUAUUUUACUCUUAGAUCCUAAUUCUUGCGUCUAAACUACAGGCAUGUGUUUCCUAUGCAUCUAUACCUAAUGGCAACUGUAGAUUGUGUUGUUUUUCUUGCUGUUGCAAGUCAUAGAAUGAUUUGGGCUGCAGAAGACCUUGAAGAUUGUCAAGUCCAACCAUCAGCUUGACUUACGGAGUCCUACCACUAAACCAUGUCCCUUAGCGCCAUGUCUACACAUCUCUUGAAUACCUCCAGGGAUGGGGACUCCACCACAUUCCCGGGCAGCCCAGUCCAAUGCUUGACCACCCUCUUCGUGAAGAAAUUCUUUCUCAUGUCCAAUCUAAACCUCCUCUGGUGCAACAUGAGACCAUUUCCUUUUUGCAUCCUAUCACUUGUCACCUGAAGUUGGUUCAUUAGCGGUGGAUUCUUAGGAAUUAAAAGCUCUAAAAAGGGAAAAAAAAAAAAAAAAAAAAGGUGGGCAUAUGUCAGCCCUUCUGUUAGUAGCUGGAAGGUUUCUACAGGCAGACAGGUCAAUGUUAAUGCUUUCAUUUUUACAGUGACAAGAUACAUAACAAAUCUGUUCAUUUUUGUGACCUCAUACUCAAGAUGCUAUUGGUGUAUAUCUAUAUUUUGCAGCUUUUAGUAAUUCAGUAAAGCCAAGCUGUUUUUAAAAUGAUGUUAUUUUUCUGCAGGGUCAAUUUUGUACUUUUUUUGUUUUAAAUUAUUCCUGCAUUUACUGAGUCAUUAUCUCAAUGCUGCAGAGGAUGCAGCACGCAGAACGGUAAGCAUACCCGCACCACUCUUGCCAACCGAACUGUGCCAGGGAGCUGGAAUUGCUCAGGUACUGGACUGAUGCACAAAGCAGUCUUUGGAAACUUGCAGUUCCUCUUACCCAACCCUCUAGUUCAAGUGUGCUGUUACCCAGGCACAGAAUGGAAUGGCAAGGGCAAGGAUGGAUGUGAAGUUCAACUUCCACGUAUGCUGUUAGUUCUGAAUAAUUUGUAAGAGUGUUAUAAAUUUUGUAAACUUUUUAAUGUGCUAAAACUUGGUAAUGAGGUAACCUUUACAAAUAAGGGGUAAUUUGUGAACUUGUUUUUGUAUUUUGGUCUGAUCUUUUGUGUUGUUGUACCCUAAGUCCAGCUCACUGGGCAAAUAGUUGUUAAACCUUUGAAUUAAAACAAAUAAAUGCAUUUUAAUGGUA